ACCUAUGUAGUAAGCUGAUGUUCCAGAGUCUCAGACCGACAACGGCUAUCGAACUCCACAGAACAGAGCUAACAAAACCUGCUAUUGAUUCAUACUCAUUAAUUGGAGGUGACUCACCAUCUGUUAUUUGGAACACAGGAAUAUACUCAUGGGGCCAACAAGUAAAGAUCUUUUGAGCUUGGAAAGGGAGAACUCGUCGUCCAGCCUAGAGUCCGCCCUUCUUGUUUGCAAAAAAGAGUUGCUCUCUAAAACCCCAAAGCCAGUUCGCACUAAUGAGAAACUUUCAACGACUUCCUUUCCAACAAGCAACGUCCUUGGAAAAGUGAAGGCCUUCUUAGGAGUUAUGGAAGAAGCUAAUAAAAGACUGCAGCUUGAUGCACAGGAGAAAUCUCAGAAUGACCAUGAUAUUGAAGUGCUCACUGGGAAUGAAACUGAAGUUAUCGAAAUGGAUUUGUUGUUGGGUGUUGCUGAUCUUCACACCCCAGAGGCUGUGGCUGCUGCUGAAUCUGCAAUUGUUGGAUCCCGACCAGCAUGUCUGUUGGCAGCCAGUGGUAGUGGAUCAUACUCAUCAAGCAGUGAUGAUGACAGUGACAGUGACAGUGACAGUGACAAUGACAGUGGUGAUGAUGAUGGUGACAAUACAAAUGAAUCUUGCUUGUCAGACAAAUUCCAAAAGCCAAAGUUGGAUUCAGAUCCAUCCUUGGAUAACAAUCGGCCAAAAGAUCGACCUAGGAUUAUUGAGCUCCAAUGAAGCUGCAUCAAUUGGAAAUGUAAUAUAAAAACCAGUUUAAAUUCCUAUGGGUUGAGAAAUUUAUGGGUUUAUAUAUGCAAUGAUCAAUUUAGGUGUAGGAUACAUUACUAGUUGCUGGAUUGUUGCAUGUUUGAGGUUUAAGUAUUGUGAUAGUUUUCCUUUUCCAUGUCUUAUAUGUCCCAUCAAAAUAACAUUUACACACUACUGGA